AUGAGACUCGCAGAGACCCUGUGGCUUGCUCUGAGCUGCGGCUCUGCUCUGGUGAAUGCGUGCGGGGGCCACGGGCAGGUCAGGAAAUGGAGCCAGGAGGAGCUGGAUGCACUUGAGGAGAAAUGGGGGACGGAUUGGGCGUUCUCCGGCAUCUCGACCUUUGCCCACCUCAAGCACGUCAAGUGCCUGACAACGCCCAGCGAGCUCUAUGACAUCGCUAUCAUCGGAGCCCCUUUCGACACGGCUGUGAGCUAUCGUCCGGGCGCCCGCUUCGGGCCCCGCGCCAUCCGCGCCGCCUCAGCCCGACAGACCUCCUUCCGGGGCUUCAACCCGCGCGCCGGGAUGAACCCGUACCAAAACUGGGCCAAGAUCCUCGACUGCGGCGACAUCCCCGUAGUGCCCAUCGACAACGCCGUGGCACUAACACAGAUGACAACCGCGUUCCGCGAGCUGGGCGCCCGCGCCCCGGUGUCACCGCUGCUCUCCAAACCAAAACUCAUCACGCUCGGCGGCGACCACAGCCUGGCCCUACCGGCCCUGCGCGCCCUGAAGGAGAUCUACGGUCCCGUAAGGGUGCUGCACUUCGACGCCCACCUCGACACGUGGCACCCGGCCAAGUACCCGUCGCACUGGGCGUCGGAGCAGACGCGCUUCAACCACGGCUCGAUGUUCUGGCUCGCGGGCCAGGAAGGGCUGCUUCUCGCCAACACCACCACGGAUCCCACCAAAAGCAAAAGCUCAGUACACGCGGGCCUGCGCACGCGCCUGUCCGGCGACGACUACGCCGACUACUCCGACGACGCGGCGCAGGGCUGGGUGCGCAUCGCGGCCGACGAGGUCGACGACGUCGGCACUUCGGGCGUCGUCGAGCUUAUCAUGGACACGCUCGGCACGGCCGACCCCGUGUAUCUGAGUGUCGACAUCGACGUCCUCGACCCAGCCUUCGCGCCGGGAACCGGCACCCCCGAGCCCGGCGGCUGGACGACGCGCGAGCUGAUCCGCGUGCUGCGCGGCAUCGAGGGGCUGAACCUCGUCGGCGCCGACGUCGUCGAGGUUGCGCCCGCGUACCAGGGGAAUGGCGAGGAAACGGCGCUCGCGGCCGCGCAGGUUGUGUAUGAGAUGUUGAGUAGUAUGGUUAAGAGGGGGAUGGGCGAGAUGGGAAGGACGGGGGCGGCUGGGGCUAAAUCUGGUGAGAGUGGGAGAGAUGAGUUGUAG